CCAACCAACCCCCACAAAAAAACGACGUCAAAACAUGUCUUGUACAAACAUAUUAGACUUACCUGAGGAAUGUCUAUCACAUAUCCUUUCGUUGACGUCGCCGGCCGAUAUCGUCCGAUCAUCGGCCGUCUCGAAGCUAUUGUUAUCGGCCUCGGAUUCGGACUUUGCUUGGGAGAAGUUUAUGCCAUCCGAUACCGAUCGCUUCGUGUCGCAGCAGUCGUCUACGCCUUUUGAUCAACAAAAGUUUGCGUCCAAGAGGUACCUCUAUUUCCGUCUAUGUAGCUCGCCUAUACUCUUGGAUCAUAGUUAUAGUAAGAAUGGAACAAAAUCGUAUAUGCUCGGCGCGAGGGCUCUAAAAAUCGCGUGGGAAGGCACCCCUCAACGCUGUAACUGGAAAUACGUACCUGAAUCAAGGUUCUUAGAGAUUGUUGAGCCACAAACAGAUUACGAUGUGUGUUGUUUAGAAAUAAAAGGGAGAAUACACACCAAAUUGCUCUCCCCAGAUACAACUUACGGCGUGUAUUUUGUAUACAAGACAGAUAACGAACAUGCUUAUAGAUUUGAACAUGUACCAUUUAUAGUAUCCUUAACCGAGGUUGACGAAGAAGACUUGUCGAAAAAUGACUACUUUCGUAUGCUCAGCGUUAAGAAAUUUUAUCUUAAAACAUCAUCGGGUUUGCACAGGAAGUGGGAAGAACUUCCAGACGAGAGAGAAGAUGGAUGGAUGGAGAUCGAGAUGGGGAUGUAUAAAGUUGGCUCCUUAGUAAAGGGUACCGAUCAACGUGUGAUUUUGGAGUUGACAUUAAAGGAGGUCCAAUGUAUAGGUUGGAAGAGUGGUCUUAUUGUUCAAGGCAUUGAACUCUUGAGUUUAUUGGAUUGAUUACUCAAAUCAUAGGUUGUUUCAUUGAAUAAUGGAGAUAGGCAGGUAUCAAUAAUUGUAAAAUUAUGUUAAUCGCAAUUUAGAUGGUGGACAAAUGAAUUGUUCAUCUACAUUUUAGUUCGUCUUUUCCUCCAUUAUUUCUUAAUUGAUGUGAUGUACACCAUGCACUUGCAGGGGUUAUAAAAUGUAGAUCUGGUCUUCUUGAGCCCGGCCCAGUGGGCUGACCCUAAAAUAAUGGGUUUAUGGGCAGAUUUUUAGGCCAGUAUUUUGGCAUGGCCCAACUCGGUCUAUAGAAAAUAGGGCGGGUUUUGGGCAAACUCCAAAUUGGAAUUUUAGUUACGAUUAUAAAAUUUGUUCGGCCCGAAAGCCCGCUAUUUUGGCUUGAAAUAACAAGUUUUGGACAGAAAAUUUAGUCUCCAAAAGAUUGGGAUUGUGGAAAACCGUCCUGAAGUUUGGCCCAUCCCAACCGACAUAAUGAGCAGAAUUUGUUGGUCAUGGCCCAGCUUGUCUUUUGAUCAGGUCUAGUACAAUGCUUUAUGCCAUCGCAUACUCCUAGGUGGCUAGGUGCAACCGUGCAAGGUGCACCAUAGUCGUGAUUGAUGGUAAAAUAUUAAUCUCGGUUUCUUAAACCGAUGAUUUAACAAUUUUACAGUGAAAUGGUACAGCUUACAGCCCUUAAUUGUAAGUUUCAGAAUAAGCAAAUUGCAUACCACAGGUGGACAUGAACAAGAAACCAGAGGUCAUUCACAUUUUCAGGGACAAGCUUAGUUUAAGGCCAUUGAUUAUUUGGCAACUCUCUAUAAAUGUUGUUAACCAAUAAUAGAGAUAAAAACUAAUACAUAACCAAAAAGAAUUAUCUACAAUAAUCAAUUCAAAUACUUUCUUUUUUAUAUAAUCAUGGGAGGAACAGAGGAGGAGAUUAAGCAGAAACACCAGGAAGGGGAGGAAAAAUUCGAAGAGAAAGCCGAGGAGAAAGUAACAGAAGAGAAAGUCAAGGAGAAGAAGAAAAAGAAAGACAAGGAAAGCAAGGAAAAGGGAGAAGGUGAUGAUGAUAAACAUGAAGAGAAAGAAAAGAAGAAGAAAAAGAACCCUGAAGAUAAGAAUGAUCCAUCAAAACUUAAGCUCAAGCUCGAGAAACUCAACACAAAGAUGCGCGAUUUAGAAACUAAGAGAGGGGAGAUCUUGAAAGCCAUUGAAGAAG